AUAUACUGUUUUUCCGAUUUCUGUGAUCGAUUAAUCGAAUUGUGUAUCACCAUCUUUCUGCCAAGAAAUUUAAGCAAUCAUGUCUGAAAAAGAUAGUUUCGAGCAGUUUGAGCCAUCCUUAAAAAAUAUCAUUGACCAAACGUCUUUAAAAUGGAUUUUUGUAGGAGGAAAAGGUGGAGUUGGUAAAACGACCUGCAGCUGUAGCUUAGCAGUUCAACUAGCUAAAGUCAGGGAAUCUGUUCUGAUUUUAUCAACUGAUCCGGCUCAUAAUAUUUCUGAUGCCUUCGACCAAAAAUUCUCAAAGGCACCCGUUAAGGUUAAGGGUUUUGAAAAUUUAUUCGCUAUGGAAAUUGAUCCCAAUUUAGGAUAUACCGAACUACCAGAUGAAUUUUUCGGAGCUGACUCUAAUUCGUGGAAUCUUGGAAAAAGUGCAAUAAAAGAAUUAUGUCAAGCUUUUCCGGGUAUAGACGAAGCAAUGAGCUUCGCCGAAGUAAUGAAGCUAGUGAAAAAUAUGAAUUUUUCGGUUGUCGUAUUUGAUACAGCUCCAACAGGUCAUACACUUAGAUUGCUAAGUUUUCCAUCAAUUGUAGAAAGCAGUUUAACCAAGAUUCUUCGCCUAAAAAAUCAAGUUGCUCCCUUUAUAAAUCAGAUAACAGGGCUUCUUGGUAUGCAAGAAUUCAGCGCAGAUAAUCUUGCGAAAACGUUAGAAGAUUUACUUCCAAUUAUACAACAAGUUAAUAAACAAUUAAAAAAUCCGGAUGAAACUACCUUUGUCUGUGUAUGUAUUGCGGAAUUUUUAUCUUUAUACGAAACGGAGAGAUUAGUUCAACAAUUGACACAAUAUAAUGUAGACGUUCAUAACAUUAUCGUGAAUCAUUUGAUAUUCUUGAACAACACUGACAAGCCAUGUAAACUAUGCGCUUGCAGAUAUCAAAUGCAGGAAAAGUAUUUAUCACAGAUGGAAGAUUUAUAUGAGGAUUUUCAUCUAGUUAAAAUCCCUAUACUUGAGCACGAAGUUCGCGGUGUACCCAGCAUUUCGAAAUUUUCCAAGUUCCUGAUUGAACCAUACAACCCCGAAGUCGACAAGCCAUUUUUGAACUGAUUGAGAUUAUUUCCUUGUGUUUUAAUUACUUUUCAUUAAAAAAACAACUUAAAUGUUUUUGUUAAUUUCAAAUUGAAAUUCAAUAAAAUUCCCGCCUCUUGAAUAUUGCGGAACCGGAA